AUGGGUUCCUUUAUCGGAAUACUCAAGAAAAACAAAUCGUCCAAAGAGAUUCUGGAAGAUAUUGAGGAGAAAAUUAAAAAUAAUGAAUCUACGAAACGCCUUUACGAUCAUCGCUUGAAAAAUGUCACUUUCGAUUUAGUGGCAGUAGUCCUUCCUUUAUAUAUUACAAGCUUGAUUGGAUAUUACUACCUUUAUCUACCGGAACAAACUCCAGAUAAAAUCAUUUAUUCUCUACCUUUCGCCGUUGUUCCAUUCGGGGCUUAUGGCAUUAAAAAAUUCCUUGAAUACUGGUAUAAAAAAGCUAUUGGUAAAUCAAACCUUACACUAAGAGAAUUGCAAGAUAGCAAAAAGAAAGUGUUAGAAGAAGUAAUGGAAAAGGAGACCUACAAAACUGCUAAAGAAAUAUUAGAACGAUUCGAUCCCGCCUCUAAAAAAUUACAGAUGUUUAAUCAAGAAGCUAAUAAUACAGAUAUUAGACGACGAGGGAAUGCCGCAACCAAAGCUAAGAAAAAGCCUGAUGAUGGUGCUAAUAAUUCAGUAGUAUUAGCCGAUGUUGCGCUUAGGCAGCAACAGCAGCUGUUGUACCAGGAAAAAAUUAUCAAGGAGCAACAUUUGAAACUUCAAAAGCAAAACGACCAAAUAUCUCAAGGAUCGAAACUUUUACAAUCUAAAAAAUCUAAUGAUUCUAAAAAUACUACAUCUACGUCUGAGAAUAUUGAAAGCAGCAUAAACGCAGCUAAUGAAACAGUCAAACAAGCCGAAGGUGAUGACGAUGAUUACUUACUUUUAUUACCAGGAACUGCUACCGAUGGAAACAAAGAACCUGUCUCAUAUCCAAUCUUACCAAAAGAUCGUAGCAUGACUGAUAAGAUUAUGGAGUAUUUUGUUGGUGAUGGCCCUACCAAUCGAUACGCUCUAAUUUGUAGCAAUUGUGCUGGCCACAAUGGGAUGGCUCUAAAGGAAGAAUUCGAAUACACAACAUUUAGAUGUGCUUACUGCCGAUACUUAAACCCAUCACGAAAAAGAAGGCAGUCAGCACCUCCUUUAAAUGUGUCACUAUCAGAAUCAGUACCUACGUCAACCUUGGCUAGCGAUACCAAAAAUACUCUUUCAACGCCUUCCUCGAAAAGGAAGGUAAUCCAUACGAGUACGCCCAAGGUAAAAGAAACAAAACCACCUGAUGUCGGGCCGAAAGCAAGUGAAUCUACGUCCUUAGCUGCUGUAACGGAAGAAAGUACAAUUCGAAACGAAGAUGAAAGUUCCAACGAAUCAUAA